AUGAAGCUUCGGUCCACAUCCCGGGUAUGCGGCGCUUGGAUGGACAAAGUGCUGGAACUGGAUGCAACGGGUGACGAGGGCAAGGCUCUACGAGACGCCAUCGAGGCCUUUGGCGUUGCGAUUGUAUCGCAGACGGCACCGGAAGUUGCCUCGGCCGCUGAUGCUUUGGAUGCCCACGGAACCGCCCUCAGCUCUAUACAUCGUGCUCUCCGCCGCUGUCAAACGUCAAGACCAAACGAAUUAUCCUCUGCCAUGAUGUUUCUCUUUCUAUCAGAGUUUCUUCUACCCUCUGCCAGCAGCGCUCGAUUUCACGCCUUCGGACUAUCCCAACUCAUGGUUGGUCAAGGACCGAACUACUACAGUCGCGGGCUACCCCACGAAUUGUUCCUUGGCUUCCGAACUGGAAUGAUUGUCUGGUCCAUAGCAGCUCACAAAGCUAUCUUCCUCGGAUCACCGGAAUGGUCAACAAUUCCGUUCCAGGAGAGGCCGGCAGAGCCUCUACAAGCGCUCGUGACAGUUGGAGCCCGCAUACCAUCUAUACUGGAGACAAUCGAUAAGAUGAAUGAAUCGAUCGAUCCCGAAAAGGCUUGGGAAUGUCUCGACUUGUUGAAAGACGUCAUGAAUAGCUUAGGCGACUGGAAGAGUUUGCAUUCAGCAGGCACAUUACUGCAACAAGGCGGCGAUUUGGACGACGAGUCUGUAUCGAUGCACGAUAUCCUCUACCACGACGUCACCGAAGCCAACUCUGUUAUGCACUACCUGACCUUCCGCAUCAUAUGCGCUGUGCAUGCUCGCUCCCUCCACGAGAAGUUGGCCGAUGCCCAGCCGCUGCCCAUAGAGCUUGCGAUCCCCGAAUCUACCCUCACGGAGAACGCCGCAUCAAUCAUGCAGAGCGUGGGGUACCUAACACAGGAACAAAUGCGGCUAUACGGCGGCAUGUCUGCCCUACUCCCGUUCAAGGUUUCUCAUGAAUAUCUGGAGCGGUAUGGGGGACCGGAUCAUCAAGCUUUAUGCAAGAGAGUCGUGGACGAUAUCAAAGCCCGGCGUCAUUUCUACCUCAUCAAUUUUCUACUUUCCGACAGUAUUUUAGGGACAUACAGCCGCGGCAAGUGA